CCAGGCAACAGACUCCACUGCUGCAGCUUCACACUACUGAGAGUUUGGGAGGCGGUUGCCAUGGAGCCUGCGUGGCGACAGCAGGGAAGGGGGCGUGGCCGAGGUCAGGAGGGAGAUAGGCCCCGCACCCCCGAAAAAGAGAGGGAGAGGCCGGGGGCGGGAGGAGGAGGUGCAGGAGGAAGAGGAGGAAGAGGAGCAGGAGGGAAGAUGAAGACCGCUGCAACACCUGAACCUCCACAAAGUGUGACGGUCCAAUCAAAGUUCGAGGAGAUCAAGAAGGCCAACCAGGCUGCUGCUCAGCGAUUGGUGGAGCUGAGUUCCUCCUCUGAUGAUGAAGAUGAUGAUGAUGAAGGUGUGGAGGUGGAUAAUAAAGAUGGAAAGAGAGGGAAGAUCCUGGCCUCCACCUUCACCACCUACACCGACCAGACAGGAGGCGAUGCGUCGGCUCUCCUCCGGACCGGUCAAUACGUCAACGAUCUGUUUCAAUCAGGAGCUCUGACCUGUUUGAUCUGCAUCGCCUCCGUGAAGAGGGUCCAAGCUGUGUGGAGCUGCAGCAGCUGUUUCUCUCUCUUCCACCUGCCGUGCAUCCAGAAGUGGGCGAGAGACUCCGUCUUCCUCGUUUCCUCCGUCACCGAUGAAGACUUCGGGCAGAAGCAGCACCCCUGGCCCUGCCCAAAGUGUCGAGCAGAGUAUCAGCCGAGCGAGACGCCCAACAGGUACAUGUGUUACUGUGGGAAACAGCAGGACCCGCCCCCUGACCCCUGGUUGGCUCCUCACUCCUGUGGCUCCGUGUGUCAGAAUGACAUCAAACCUGCCUGUGGACACACCUGUCUGCUGCUCUGUCACCCAGGUCCCUGUCCUCCGUGUCCGAAGAUGGUUUCUGUUUCCUGUUUGUGCGGCAAAGCUAAGCCCCUCCCCCGUCGCUGUAGCAACAAGGCGUGGUCGUGUCAGAAGCAAUGCAACAAGCUGCUGCCAUGUAGACAACACACCUGCACACACACCUGCCACACAGAGUGCUCCCCCUGUCCCCGGGUCAGUGUUCAGAGGUGUGUGUGUGGCAGAGAGGAAACAGAGAGACCGUGUGCCAGCCCAAUGUGGAACUGCAAGCAGGUGUGUGGCUCCGCCCUCUCCUGUGGGAAUCACACCUGUGAGGUUCUGUGUCACACUGGAAGAUGUCCUCCUUGUCCUCGCUCCGUCAGCAGGUCCUGUCCCUGUGGAAAGACCAAGUCCACUCUCCCCUGUACAGAGGAAGUGUUGCCGUGCGGCGACACAUGUGACCGCCGUCUCUCCUGCGGGAAACACACCUGCUCUAUGAGGUGCCAUCGGGGGGGCUGUGAGAUCUGCAGACAGGAAGUGGAGAAGGAGUGCAGGUGUGGAAAAUACAGGAAGUUGAUGCCGUGUCACAGAGACUUCCUGUGUGACUCAAAGUGUCCGAAAACCAGGAGCUGCCAGAGACACCAGUGCAGGAGAAAGUGUUGCCCCGGUAACUGCCCUCCGUGUGACCAGAGCUGUGGGCGGAGCCUCGGCUGUCGCAACCACAAGUGUCCCUCGGGCUGUCAUCCAGGAAGCUGUUAUCCGUGUCCUGAGCAGGUGGAGGUGAAGUGUUCCUGUGGAUCCUCCGUUCUCUCGGUGCCCUGCGGACGAGAACGCAGCACCAAACCUCCUCGCUGCAAGGAGACCUGCAGGUCCCCCCCCUCCUGCCACCACCCCAGCAGGGAGCCUCACCGCUGCCACAUCCUCCCCUGCCCCCCCUGCAGGCAGCCCUGCCAGAGGCCCCGCCCCCGCUGCACACACACCUGCCCGCUGCCGUGCCACGACCUGGUGACCGUCAAGAGCCAUGUGCGGCUGGCCGGUCCCUGGGAACAGCCGUCGGCUCCGGCGUUCGUUCAGAAAGCUCUGCCGUGCGCACCGUGUUGCAGUCCCCAUCCAACGGCCUGUUUUGGAGAACAUGAGGUGAGCGCGGUGCCGUGUCACCGUCAGGGUCGUUUCUCGUGCAGUCAGCCGUGUGGACGACCUCUGACCUGCGGGAAUCACACCUGCAGCCGGGAGUGUCACCUGGUUACCCCCGGCAACAAGUGUGAGGAGUGUGCAGAGCCCUGCCUCCUGCCCCGCCCCCUCGGCUGUUCUCACCGCUGUUCCCUGCGCUGCCACCCCUCCCUCUGCCCCCCCUGCGGUUUUAUGACCAAGCAGCGCUGCUACUGCCGGAUCAUCGUGCUGUUCAUCGACUGCACGAAGUGGACGUCCGCUGAUGCAAAGACAAAGAUGGAGUUGGGCUCCUGCAACAACCAGUGUCCUAAAGAGCUGGCGUGUGGUCACCGCUGUAAGCAGAUGUGUCAUCCAGGUGUGUGUGAGGAGAAAUGUCAGCAGAAGGUGAAGGUCAGGUGUCCCUGCAAGAGGAUCAAGAAGGAGUUCUUGUGCUCAGAUCAGUGUGCGGUUCAGUGUGACGACGCCUGCAAAGACCAGAAGAAGAAAGUCAGCCAGGUGAAGGAGGCGGAGCUUAAAGCGGCUCAGGAGGAGGAGCAGAAGAAGCUUCAGGAGGAGCUGGAGGCGUUUGAGAAGCGCCAGCAGCGGGGGGGCAGGAGGAGUAAGAAGAGGGGGAGGAGGGGGGAGGUGGAUGAGGAGGAGGGAGGAAGAGGAAGAUGGGGGAAGGUCUUCCUCUUCAUCUUCGUCCCGGUGGCCGGCGCUCUGAUGUCCGCCGGAGCUUACUACCUCCUGAACGCACCCUGAAAACAAAACAGAAGCUGCCUCAUUGUUUAUUUACCUCUCGGAUGUGCUUUUAUUUUGGCGAGUCUUCCUGUUUCAGACUUAUUUCUUGUUUUGUUUUUGGUUAAAAGAAGUGAUAGCGGUCGGGGAGCUAAAGCAGAUCCAUGAGACUUCAGUAAAACAUUUUUUUAUUUGAGCUCAAUUUCUUUUGUAACUUUUCAAAUAUGUUAGGAAAAGACUAAAUAUUAAGGUGAAGUCAAAAGGAUAAUUUGGGUUAUUUGGAAGUUGUCAGAGGAAUUCAAACCAUUGAAAAGUCAGUCAUUUAAGCUGCUCUUCGUUGCCUCAAUUUGACUUUCCUUUUAGUUCAGAAUCACCAAAUAUUGAAUAGUUUAUCAUACUUUUUCAGACUUUAAAUGAUAAAGAUCGGGGACUUAAAGCCGUUAUCUUACACUCUUUAAAUCCACCAGACUCCAUUCGUAACAAUAUCGUACCUUGUGUAUCGUUGCCUAAAUCACAUGUUAUUUUGUGUGUUAAUGUCAGACUUUUAAGGGUUAAUUUGGAUUUAUGAAUUUGUAAAAAAUACAAAUUCUUCAUAAUAUAAAGACUUUUUUUCCCAUUAUUCUUAAAAAAACGAAAACUUAACAUUGCCUUUAAUUUCAUAUAAUGGCAAAAUAUACGUUUUUCUUAUUAGCAUUCUUUAAUUACCCUCAUAAAGAAAACUCAAUAUCUAAAAUGUAAGAUAAAGAUGCAAUUAAUUCAACAAAAAACAGAUGAAAUAUUACGAGUAAGAACAUUUAAAUAUAAGUUAAGGAAAUACAGAAAUCUUCAGUUAAAUUGAAAUCUUACCAUAUAAGUUCUAAUGUUAUUAUACAACUGUAAUACUGUUUUUAUUUAAUGGAGUCUGGGAGAUAAGGACGUCCUCACUUUAAACCACGCUAACCAUUUGUAGUGAAAUUUGUAGUUUAAAUGUAGUUUAUUUUGGUGGGAAAUUAGAUAAAGUUGGAUUUCAAAUUCUUACCAAUGCCACAAAAAAAAAGCGUAUAAGAUAUCUAAACAAUUUUAUUUAAAUUAAUUUCUAAAAGUAAUCAAAGAAUAAAUAAUGAAAUCUUUACUUUAAGGUUAAAUCGAUGAAAAUGUAAUGAAUUCUCACCUUUUCAUUAAUUAGUCAUGUAUCUGUAUUAUUUGGGCGUAUUUUGACUUGUUUAGUUAUGACGAUGCUUCCUUCAGAUACAGAAACGUUAUUUAAAUUUGGUCCUAAAAUGUUAAAUUUGUGAAGUUCAUUUUCAUUUUUUCUGCCUUUUUUUUUAAUACUGAACAAUAAAAUGUAUAAAAAUAUAA